GGCCGAGCGAACGUCUCCACAGAGGUCGCUGGACGACAGACGCGAUGGCGACCCACCGUGCAGCAGUUGCUCGGCACGUCUACCAACUCGUUCUGGCCCGCCGUGAGCUGGUCGCUCCGCAGGCAGCCUUUCGACAGCAUUCAACCUCGGCCACCGGGACGUUCUGGGAGAACAACAACCCAAAAGCCAGUCACCACAAUGUGCUUCCUGUGAGCGAAGGCCACAUCAGGGGAGCGCCGUCUCCUCUUGGAUUUCUCCCAUCUUCAAAACCGCCGUCGCCCAAGCUUGACGUCCAUCUCCCUUCUCCACCGGCUCCAGAUCUGUCUGAAGCGCCAUCAUUGCCAGAUUUAGACAACCUGUCGCCUGCCGAGCUCGCAGAGAGGCUAAGAGCAUUGUCGCCUUCCGCGCAGUUCGCUGUUGCCCUCGCAGCGCCCCCUGCACGGACAGUUGGCCGCGUGCCGCACCUGCUCGCUCUGCCUUUGGGGGAUACGGUUGCAGAAAAGCAUGUUCGCCUUGCUGAGCUGCGCGAUCUUAUCAACUACCUGACUUCAGUGGUCGACGAGGACGAGACGAUAACAACCAGUUUCGGAAAGCAGAGGCGGAAUCGCCGAAGGUCUCUGUUGCUGGUUUGGGGAGCGUGGUUCGAUCUUGCUCGUCAUCUACACUCGCUUGCCGCUCUACCUCGUCUCGGAGGGCCGGAAGGGAGGGAACUGAGAUCAGAAUGGUUUGAAUCGCUUCUGCUUAUCCUCAAGAACACGCAGGACAGCCAGCGUCAUACCGACGAUGCAGAAAGAGCUGCGGCCAACAUGGAGUCCAGGUACGGGUUCAGCAGGCCUACGAUGCGCAGUGUCCUCCAAUUCAUGGUCGACAUCGGUUGUCGGCCUACCUACUUCCAGCUGCAGCUUCUCCUCCAAAGCACGCCGAUGUCCGUGGUCAUGCACGAAGCGAAAGCAGCCCAAUCGGCUCCCGACCUGUCGCCGGAUCACAGAUUAGGAGCACUUGCCAGCCUCGUCGCUCCACUCACCCCCGAAUCAUUUGCCGGACUGGCCGCCCUCUCAGAAGCCCAUCGUAACCCCAAGCACGAGAGGCAGCAGCUUCGACACCUCUAUCUCGAGGCCGGUCACCAGUCGUUGAGCAUCAUCGAAGAAGGAGAGCGCCGCGGCCUCGCGCCUCCUCCGCAGUGGUACGCUGUCGUCAAUGAGCGACGCCCGGAAUGGACAGCUUUCGUUUCGCGGUACGUCCAGCAGGCAGCAGCUGUGGCCAACGGCACCUCGGACACGCCACUCGCCCUUCCGGCCAAGUCCGAGUCGUACACUUUAUGGCUGCUCUUGCGCGACCUCCUCAUCCACCCCAAUCGCGACGUCGACGCCGGGAAGCACCGAACUACAAUUCCGGCAGCUGCCCCGCCUGGAAACCUUCAAGCAGGCGCCACCACCUCGGAUCAGUCAACACUCCCGUUCGACCCAUUUGACCUCACCGACACCCUCGACCUCAUCCGGCUCUCUUGUGGUGUCAUGUCCGAGAAGACGGACCAGGCAACUGCCCGACGACCGGCCCAUGACAAGCGGAUCAACAGCUGCAUUAUCCGCUCGUUGCUUGUUGCGACACACGACAACUGGGACGCCAUUGACCGGAUCUCGAGCUUUAUGCUCCGAAGCGUCAGACAGGAAGAUGUCCUCAGUCCCGGACACUCCACAGCGAUCACAGUACCCAUCCCGCCGACACCCAUCCGGACGAUAAGCUUCUUGCUGGGGACUUGCAAGACCCCCAACCAGCUACAGCGAAUGCUGCCCAGGGUGGAAGGGCUCGCCGUCUUGCCAGGUGGACACGUGUCGCCUAUCGUACGAGAGCGCGCCAUCGCCCUCGCAUCGCUCGCAGACCGCUUCAAGUCGGAACCGACAGUACCUGCGACCAAGCGCAACAAGCACGACUUGGAGGGCCGCGUGCAGGCGCUCUUUAAGCGCCUCGACAAGCUCGGCGGUGCGGAAGCUCCCGCUCCACCACAAUCCUAUUAA